AUGACUCCAAGCAAUCCACCUCAACCCAAAAAGUCCGCUCUCAAACGUGGACGGCCUGCAACAGGUUUUGACAAAAACCACGAAUUUCUACUGCACUGCCUUACUCAAUCAGGUGUCCGAGUCGACUACGCUGCCGUUGCAAAAUGUGUGGGCAUCUCGGAGAGACAGGCCCAACGCCAUUUUUAUUGGUUGAAGACGAAAAUCGCUAGCUAUGGGAAUGCUACUCUCACACAGGCUGAGAAGCAGGGUCAGGGACAGAAGGAUAACCAGGAUGGCCAGGAUGGGAACGACAGCUAA